CUUAGUGUUUGGAUAUAGUUUAACAGUUUUAUCAGGAAUAACACUGGUUUCACAGUCUGUGACCCAGCUGCUCACAACAUCAGUCGGUUCAUCAAUAUCAGCUGAGGACUCCUUAAACACAUCCCAGUCAGUAACCUCCAGACAUCCCUGCAGAGUGUGACAAACUCUCACUCUGAUGUUCUGCACUUUGCCUUGCUUCGGUACAGUGGUAGACAGGGAUAAGGAGGAUGCAGUUGUGGUCAGAGGAACCCAGAGCAGAAGCACCUUUUUGCCCACAGGUAUUUAUUUCACUGGCCUUUGGACGGAUAUAGACAAGUUUCACAAAUAUUUGGGGAAAUUUCUGAGGCAGAUAUGGAGGGCACAGUGAAGCAGAAAGCAGUUCUAAGUCAGUAGUGCACAGUUUCUCCAGGACAGUGUCAGAUUUGCACCAGCACUGUCCUUGUCAUUUGGAAGACCCACUUGAGCCCAAGCUUUCAUUUGCUGGCUGAUGUUGCUUCAAUAAUUCCACAUAAUGUUCGAUUCUCUUGAUGCCAUCUAUUUUGUGAAGUGCACCAGUCCCUCCUGCAGCAAAAACACUCCCACAACAUGGUGCUGCCACCCCCAUGCUUCACAGUUGGGAUGGUGUACUCAGGCCAUCCUCAGCCAGCAUCUUCACAAGGUCGUUUGCUUUUGUUCUGGGGUUGAUGAGCACAUUUCCCUCCAAAACAAUUCUAACCUUAACCAAUCUCCAUCUUGAGCAGUAAGAUGGCUUGACAUUCCCAUGGUGUUGAUCUGGGCAUGUAGUUAUUUGGACAGAUAAACCUCAAACCACAGCAAUCUGGAAAUUGCACUCAAGUAGGGAUGUAACGAUUACUGGUUAAAAUGAUAAACCGCGGUAAAAUGUCUGACGGUUAGUAAUUCCGUUUCAAAUUUUAAUUACCGUUAAACCGUGUUUGAUUGCCACAAUCCGGAAAAUCUCAGGAAUAGGCGUACUACUGUUGUGAGAAGUGCAGCAGCAUGCAGCCAAUCGGACACAUGCGCCCCGUGCGCAUGCGCACUGAACAGUAAACAACUCAUAAAUAUGGCGGAGGGCAGCAAUACCGGCAGUGGAGAGAUUUUUCCACCGUCCAAACGUACCAAGUCUGAAGUCUGGGCGUACUUCGGUUUUUAUAAAGACACGCAAGGGAGACUGGUGGAAGAAAACAGCCCAGUCUGCCGAAAAUGCCACAAAAAGUAUCGGCAAAGGGUGGAAACAUGUCCAACAUGAUGGCUCAUCUACGGGACCACCACCCGCAACUGUGCAGCGAGUUAAAGAGAGGGCGAGUAAUGGACAGAACCAGGACAAAUCCUCCAACAGCUUGUACUUCUUCGGUCACAGUGGCACAAACAAUAACUCAGGCGUUUGAAAGGAAGGCUGCUUAUGCACCGACUUCAAAACAUGCCAAAGACCUCACAGCAGCUAUCUCGUAUUUUAUUGCGAAAGACAUGAUGCCAUUUCAAACUGUUGAGAGGCCUGGAUUUUUGAACGUGAUGAAGGUUGCUGUGCCUCACUAUAAAGUUCCUUCACGGAAUCAUUUUUCCAAGACUGAAAUCCCAAAGAUGUAUAACGAUCUCAAAGCUGAGGUUGCAAAAAGUGUAACUCAGGGAACAUACUACGCUGCAACCACAGACAUCUGGACCAGUGAAAGUGGGGCAGGGCAACCCUACAUAAGCUUCACCAUACACUACCUCAGCCCAGACUGGAAGCUGUCAUCACACUGCCUGGAAACCCAGUUCUUUCCAGAGGAUCACACGUCUCAAAACAUCACAGAGUUUUUCAAGAACAUGCUGGAGGAGUGGGGGAUCAAGAAACAAGACCUCUGCUGCAUUACAACAGACAAUGCAACCAACAUGGUGAAGGCUUUUGAAGAGUUCACAGAUCUGUGGCUUGGGUGCUUUGGGCACAACUUAAACCUGGCCAUCUCAAAGGCUCUGAAAAUCCAGAGGGUGGACACAGCAGUCAGAGCCUGCCGUCAUCUCGUCCAAGCCUUUUCACGGAGCUGGAAGAGAAAGAGAGCACUGAAAGAAAAGCAAAACACUCUCAACGUUCCACAGAAGGCUCUCAUCCAUGAUGUGGUGACAAGAUGGGGAUCUACACACAAGAUGGUUGAGCGUUUCCUCAGCGAACAGCAGCCAGUCUGUGCCACAUUGGCUGCUGAAAAAGGAACGUAUCAUUUAAUGCCCAAGGAUGCAGACAUUAGUGUCAUGGAGCAACUCUGCCAGCUGCUUGAGCCCCUGAGCAAACUGACUGACGCACUUGCCUCAGAGACACAUGUGGGGAUUCAGUUUUGA